UAAAAGCAAUUUAUAGGUAUCGAUUUAAUUUAUUCAUGAUUUUAAAAAGAAAUUAUACAUUUGCAUUACCCAUGGCGGGCGGAAGGCAGCAGUAUAAAUACCCAUGCACAACAAUCAUAUAUUCAUAUAAUAUAUUCACAACUCAUUUCAUUCUAUCUUACUCUUCCAACAAGAUAACUAUGGCUACUUUGAUCAGUACUUCAGUGACGAUUAUGGCAGCUAUCGCGACGAGUUGCAUGAUUAUGAUGAUGAAAUCCAUCCCCGCCGCCGCCGCCGCCGCCGCCGCCGGGGAUUUCGACAUCACGUGGGGGGACGGACGCGCAAAAGUGCUGAACGGCGGCCGCCUCCUCACCCUGUCCCUGGACAAAACCUCCGGCUCCGGCUUCCGGUCCAAGAAGCAGUACUUGUUCGGGAAGAUCGACAUGCAGAUAAAGCUCGUCGCCGGUAACUCCGCCGGCACCGUCACCACCUACUACCUAUCCUCAUUGGGGUCAACACACGACGAAAUUGAUUUCGAGUUCUUGGGUAAUCUAAGUGGAGAUCCUUACACCCUCCACACCAACAUAUUUGCCGAAGGAAAAGGAAAUAAGGAGCAACAAUUCUACUUGUGGUUCGAUCCAACCAAGGGCUUCCACACCUACUCCGUCAUCUGGAAUCCUCACACCAUCAUAUUUUAUGUGGACGGGACGCCAAUAAGAGAGUUCAAGAACUUGGAAGCCAAGGGUGUCGCAUUCCCAAAGCAGCAGCCGAUGUGGGUCUACUCGAGCCUCUGGGACGCCGAGGAUUGGGCCACAAGGGGCGGCCUGGUAAAGACCGAUUGGAGCCAGGCCCCAUUCGUCGCCUCCUACGCCAACUACGAGGCCCAGGCCUGCGUUUGGUCUCCUUCCACGACAACCACCUCUUGCUCCGACUCUUCCAAUGCUAACAGUAGCUCGUGGCUCUCCCAAUCCUUGGACACCGACGGCCAAGCUAAGAUCAAAUGGGUUCAGCAGAACUACAUGAUUUACAACUACUGCACCGAUUCCAAACGCUUCCCUCAAGGAUUCCCCGUCGAAUGUUCAUCCUAAUAGCUAUAGCAGAGCUUCAUCACCGUUACUGCUCAUGCUCUCAACUAUACUACUAUAUGUUACAGUUUGCUCUUCUGUAAUGGUUUGAGCUGGCAAUAAAGGAGAAAUCAGAUGAUGAGUGACUAUUGUGUGAUAGACACAGACUUAACCAAAAAGGUAAUAAUAGCCAAUGACGAGAGAAAUGUGUCCAGUUGAAUCAUUGGAGUCACGAGACAGAGAUCUGAGUCAAAUGGUUUUUGAAAUUGAAAGAAAAGAACCCCAAUCUU